AUGCGCACUCAAGCAUUUUCUAUUCCUCACUUCACACGACAAUCUAUGUCUUUAUUGAGAAGCCGGUCGACAAGGCCCUUUCCCAAAGCAAGAACUGUCCCGGUCAGCUCAGCCUUGAGACAAAUUCACUCCCGUGCCACUGAAUACCUCCCCAGCAACCUUCCAGAAUGGACUGAUUCCCAGCGAUCUGUCCGUGAGGCCAUUUCAAAGAUCUGUGCUAAAUACACUGACGAGUAUUGGCUCGAGAGAGAAACGGAACACAAGUUUCCGUGGGAACUUUACAACGACCUAGCCUCCAACGGCUGGUUGGGUAUCUGUCUUCCUGAACAGUAUGGUGGUGCUGGUCUAGGCAUCUCGGAGGCUGCUGUUAUGCUCCAGACUAUUUCAGAAUCAGGAGCGGGUAUGAACGGAGCAUCAUCGGUCCACAUGAAUAUUUUUGGCUUGGAACCAGUUGCCAAGUUUGGCACAAAGGAACAGAAGGAACGCUGGCUGGUCCCCCUUAUUCAAGGAAAAGAGCGAGCAUGUUUCGGUGUCACGGAGCCAAACACAGGACUUAAUACCCUACGUCUACAGUCAUCGGCCACGAGAGAUGGUGAUUUGUAUCGCCUAAAGGGGUCCAAGAUCUGGAUAUCCACUGCCCAGGUGGCUGAGAAGAUCCUCAUUCUCGUCAGAACAACUCCUCUCGACCAGGUCAAGAAGCCGAGCCACGGCCUCUCGCUCUUCUACACCGACCUAGACCGUUCUGCUGUGACUGUCACCGAGAUCCCCAAGAUGGGUCGCUCAGCAGUUGACAGCAAUACUCUUUUCUUUGAAGAUUGGAAAGUCCCCGCCAGCGACAUGAUAGGUAAAGAGGGCGAGGGAUUCAAGAUGAUCAUGCAUGGAAUGAAUGCAGAGCGAGUUCUCGUGGGCGCCGAGGCAUUGGGAAUAGGCUAUGCAGCGUUACGACGCACGAGCAACUACGUCAACGAGCGUGUGGUAUUCGGCAAUCCAGUUGGCAGGUACCAAGGAAUACAGCAUCCCUUAGCCGAAUGCUGGAUGAACCUAGAGAGUGCGCGAUUGAUGAUAUAUCUCGCCGCGCGUUUGUAUGACCAAGGGUAUGAGGAUGGUGAAUAUGCAAACGCAGGGAAGUAUCUCGCCUCCGAAAGCGCAUUCAAGGCAGCUGAGAGAGCCAUCUUGUCUCACGGAGGAAUGGGUUAUGCGAAGGAGUACCAUGUUGAGCGGUAUCUCAGAGAGGCUAUGCUCUCGAGAAUUGCACCCAUUAGUGGAGAGAUGAUUAAGAAUUACAUUGGUCAGAAGGUUCUUGGACUUCCUAAGAGCUACUAG